CUGAAUUCGCAAGAUUCCAUUUCAAAAACACCGAAUCAAACAUAUUGCACGUUUCACAAACAACAAUUCUUUUUCUCACAGACUUCAAGACCAUCACAUUCCUCGCCUUACCUUUUCUCUUCUCAUCCCUCUGAUCUGAAAAGGGAAAAAGAUAAUAGAAAAGGCAUAGAUGGGGAUGGGGACCUGCAGUGGUGAUAUUGCAGAAAACAUGCAUCAAGUGAUAGCUGCUGUUACCAUGGAGGACCACACUUUGAGCAAGAAAAAGGAAGGUGUUGAGGGGUUGAAUUUGAACACUGUGGAGUGCCUCAGAGGGAGGUUAUUGGCAGAGAGACAGGCUUCAAGGGUAGCAAAGGAACAAGCAGAAUCAAUGGACAAAAAGUUGAUUGAGUUAGAAACGAUGAUUAGAGAAGAGAUCAAAUUAAGAGAGAGAGCUCAAAGAAAGCUUAGAUUUCUAACGAAGAAGCUUGAAACUUUGAACAUAUCAUACAUUUCAAUGCAAUCUCAUCAUUCUGAUUAUUCAUGUGAAAACUCUUGUGGGUCAUCAUCAUCUUCAGUUACUUCAAUCUCAAAACAUUCAUCAGAAGUAAAUGAUGAAACAAAGCAUCAUCAUCAUCAUGAAAAAAAUGAAGAUUUGCCAGAAAAUAAUAAUGAAGUAGUUCACAGUAAUAAUAAUGUUACAGAGGAAGCUUCUGCACUCAUACAGAUUUAUCCAUCCACUACAAAAGAUUCUGAUUCAGAGAUUAGUUUUUACAAUUCAAAUUCAAGCUCGGAGGAUUUGAAGAAUGAUGAAAGCAGCAGGAUUUCUAGUAUUAGCUCAAAAUCAUCCGUGACAGAGAAAGAAGAUGAUGAAAAGGGAUAUUUCAUUGAUAAUUCAAUGGCAUUAGUUCCAGUGAAUGUGAUAGCAACAUCACAAGCCACAAGUAAUAGACUCAAACCAGUAAAUCAAAGUGUCCUUGAAGCACUAGAGGCAUUGAAGCAUGCCAAAGAAAGGCUUCAAAGCUCAAUGGAAACUAGGCAAAUGAUUCAUGUUGGUCCAACUCCAACCUAUAAUUAGCCUCCAUAUUUGAGAUAGCAAUAAUGACACUAAUAUUGAGAUGUAUUACAUGUAGUUCCUCUGUUCUUGUAUAUUUUGCCUGAUGAAUAUCUCUUAUUUGGUAAUUGUUUUAGAAGAGAAAUAUAUAGAUAUUGAGAAAAAUAAAUUUGUUUGA